AUGCGCACACCAACCCACGAAACCUCCGUCGAGGACUUCUGGCAGACCUACGUCGGACCUCUUGGCUACCAACGCGUCUCCUCUCGAGACAUGAGGGACAUACUCAAGCGCCUGAGAAGUGAAGGUCAUAUAAAAUGCGGGAAAUGGAGCAGUCUGAAGCCACAAGAGGGGCUCAUGGCCGAUAGCGCAUACAAGACUUCUCUCGUCAAGGUCGUCAAUGCUGUGCUCAAGGCCGCUGCUACAUGCCCCUCCGGUCGCUUCUCAACGGACAAAAGGACGACUCUGUUCGAAAGCCGAUCUCAGUAUGAGGAGUUGCGCGAGGUACCCGGCGCCGGUACCCAUGACCCCGAGUCCUUUCAUGUUGAUGCCCUUCACCAUCUACGUGAGUCCACGUACGUGCCCGGCGCUCGCUCGGGCAAUGCCUGUUGCAACCGCAUUCAAUCUCGGAGGCACAAGCGCCUCAUCAACACGGCCGACGUGGUGUCUUCAUGGCAGAUCAAAGCCAAGUGCGGAAGCACGUACCUCGACCCAAGCUACAAGACCUGCGCCGCUGCGGGACAGUAUCUCUACGCCGACAUCCGUCGGAAGUUCCACUUUGCGAUCACCAUCGAGGGCACGCAGGCGCGCCUCUGGUGCCACUCUCGUUCGCUCUCGGUCGUCACCGAGAUGUUCGACAUUCAUACGAGUAAAGAAGAGCUCAUCCAAUGGAUCUUGUUCGUCUCCUUCGCCACCGAACACCAACUCGGCUUCGAUCAGACCGUCGCCCGCGUCGCCGACAAGACGAAGCGGUGGCAAUACCAGUUUGACAUUCCUCAAAGCGACAACACUGUCCGCACGUAUCAGACGAUCGACACAUUGUAUGAGAGCUGCACCGCGUCGCUCGGGCAUGGCGCCCUGCGUGUCUACAAGGUCAAGCGCGUGACGGAGAAGGGCAAAGCCGACACAUUCUCCAGAGAGGACAAGCAGGUGUAUGUUCUGCGCGACUGCUGGCUUCUGGACGACGAGGGCAUCAAUCUGGAAACGGAAGACCAACAGGCUUUGAAGCGCGCUCUUCAGGCAUGUACACAGUCGAAGGAGGAGCUGGACGAAGUCUCGCGACAUUUCAUGCAAAUCGAAGCCGAAGGCGUCGUCGAAAGGGAAGAGCUCAAGCUACUGGGUCGCAAGCACCGUCGAACACUCUUCCGACAUGUCUGUGUCGAUCUGUACAAGAUUCGCGAUCCUGCGGUCUUCUUUUUCGCCCUCGACAAGGCCGUAUUUGUGCUCGAUUGGUUCCGUCGCAUCGGCUGGAUGCAUCGCGAUAUCAGCCCAGGCAAUAUCAUGGUACGACGCCUCUCUGAGACGUCCACCGGGCCCUUGUGUGAGCGCUACAUGGCGCAUCUCGCUGACCUCGAGUGGUGUCGAGAAUACUCCAAGAUCUCUCCGCAGGAGUUUGUAGCGGGAACAAUGAGAUACAUGGCCUUCGAAGCACUGAAUGACAGGCACAUGUUCACACAGGGAAGCAAGAAGAUCAAGCUGGCCGACACGUAUUUCGUGCAAAACCCUCUCCAUGAUCUCGAGUCUACCCUCUGGAUGGCCCUCGAGUUCGCUAUGUGCUACGUGCCUCGCCGAUUGCUCUCGACGAAGUUUUGUGAGGACCCCUCCUCGACGUUGGUGUCGUUGGAGCGCCGAUGCAAUGAUCUGUUCCCCCAUUCGACGCCAGCGACAUGGGAACGGACCAUGUUUCUGUUGAAGGCUCCCUCAUGGAAGGAGGUCGAGUCGCUGCUUCGCAAAAUUCAUGGUGACGACUCCCCUCUGACCAGACUUCCGAGCCUCCUCAUCGAUCUCACGGGCGUCCAUGAGGCCGUGGAGAAGCGGAUUGACUAUGAUGGUUAUCAGUUCGACGACGAUGGUGCUCAGAAGCGCAUGCCGAAGGAACUGUUCGACGAGCAUGCGAAGAUCUACGACGACGUGCGUGCGGUCUUCCAGACGAUAUCGCGGUACUACGCCGACGUCGAGGGUCAGGACGCCUUCGUGCCGCUCGGGCGAGUCGACCUUUGCACGGGCAAAAUAUUUGCAGAGCCUGACAUAACGCCUUCCGAGGGCUCCGCAUGCGAGGCUAUGAACGUUGACGAGGAAGAGCAAGACGAGGAUCGGGAUGAGCAGGACAACCAUCAGCCGAGGACGACCAAGCGCAAAGCGCCAGAUGAGGAAGCGGCUUUGCCACGUCGCCCGAAGCGCUUGCGGACUAGGGCCCCGCCUGACACCCCGCUCCAAACGCAUAAGCGGACAAAGGUCCACCAAGCGGAAAGCGGCCGGCAGGCGCUUCGUCGGUCCGCGCGUUUAGUGGCACGAAACAAUAGAUGA